GAGUGUGAAUGGUUGUCUGUGUCUAUGUGUCAGCCCUGUGAUGACCUGGCGACUUGUCCAGGGUGAACCCCGCCUUUCGCCCGUAGUCAGCUGGGAUAGGCUCCAGCUCGCCUGCGACCCUGUAGAACAGGAUAAAGCGGCUACAGAUAAUGAGAUGAGUUGUCGCAAAUGCGAUGCUUUUUUUGUUGUUGGAGACGCAGGUGACUCGUGCAAAAACAUAUCGAUGUGUGUGAUUUCAGAGGACAGAUGUGUUCAUAUUACAGUUGGAUCCAGAUCAGUUGUAAUUAUGAACAUGAGCCAUCAAGAUGGGAAAAUCUGAUCUGAGCAAAAAAAUCAGACGUGAACAGUGAGGUUUUUGAUGGGAAUGUAGCCAAAAUUGACAUGAUGGACCAAAUUACAUGUGUAUGUGUGUGUUCGUUCCACCCAGCUCAGCGAGCCAUGGUACGUGAGCGGGUUGUCCAGAAGAAGUCGUUCCAGCAGAGUCUGGAUGACAUUAAGGAGAAGAUGAAGGAGAAGCGGAACAAGCGUCUGGCGAACGCAUGUGCUGCAAGUCGAGGACUUUCCAAACUGAAGAACACAGUGUCGGUGAAGCCGUUUGUGCUGAAGAGCGUGCAGGUGAAUAACAAGGCGCUGGCCCUGGCUCUGCAGGCAGAGAGGGAGAAGGUACGGCAAGCGCAGGGGAUCAUUCUGCAGUUGAAGAGAGAACGACAGGCUCUCAUCUUCCACCUGCUGAUGAUGAAGAGGGCUCUGAGUGAAGGGGGCGUGGCCAGAAGUGCACAGACGCCCUGUACACAGGAGCCGGAGUUGGUCCUCGUUCAGUCGACCAGCCCCAGGGGCGUGGCACAGGCUGAAGAUGUCACUCAGGAAGAGGAGCUCCGCCCCCUCGAGUCUCUCACACAGCAGGAUGAAGACGGAGCUUUCGGAGGCUGCAGUACCAGCGAGGCCUCUCUCCCUCCCUCUGUCGGAAUGCGGCGUCGGCGAGAUGGACGGAAGCGCUCUGAGCGGAGGCGGAGCUCGCUGUUUAAACCCGCCUCUGUGGGUGUUUGUGUAACAGAAGAGGUGGAGCCUCAGAUCUCUGAUGUGGCUGAAGAUCCUGAGCUCCACCUGGAUCUGGGUGUUACCGAACACGUUAGUGCUGUCCCGGACGUUGCUGAGCGUGAUGCUACCAUUGAAAACACCAUGACUCUGGGUCAAAGGUCACUCCAGACAGAUUCUGAUGAUGUGUCCAAGGCGGCACUGAGCUUGGAGCUUUCAGAGCUCGCAGCUGUGCGGCACUCGACCCCGGAGCAGCCGCAGCGCUGCGUGUCCAGACAGACGAAGAGGAAAGCGGCUCAGUCGGCAACCAAACGGGAGCGAGGCCGCAGGGUGGAGCGCGCACCACUGAAGAAACCGUGGGAGAAGCCACGUGCUCGUUCUAAGAGUCGCACGGCGGCGGGCGGUUCGGUUCCCAGCGACCGGUUAAACUCCUCACUCGGCGGCAACGACACGUUCGACUUCGACUGCGAAGAGGCCGUCCACAUCACGCCUUUCCGAGGAGGAGGGAGAGCCACAGGAGCCCCACCCUCUCCUAUUGCCAUGCUGUCCCCUGUUGCUCCGCCCCCUCCUGCUCCAGCAGACAAGGACCCCAGCUCUUCAGAAGCAGAGCAGGACGCAGACGACAGCCCAUACGUUCCAGACAGGAAGUUCAGACGGACUCGUGAUCCUCCCCCACGCCGCGCUCGCUCCAAGAGGAGGUCAGUUCAGACCAGAGGGAAGGAGAACGCUGCCCCAACGCAGAAUCACAUGGUUCCAGAGUUCUCUGGAAAUGUUAAAACGCGUGUGGGGGCUGCAGACAUCACUCUGUCGAGCCACACAGGACGACAUCUCCCACAAUCCCCUGCUGCACACCUGCACUUCCCAGAGUCUCUGAUAUCGCCGCCUGCAGAGAAGUGCAACCAGUCAACUCCACGCCAGCAGUGUGCUGAAGCUGCUGUGUCUGGAAAGAAAACGUCAUUUCCUCCAACCAACAUUCCUGCUGCAGAGGCGGGGCUAAUGAUGAUUGACAGUCCUUUAUUUGAAUUCACAAACUGCCAGAACCAAUCAUCAGAGCAGGAGAACAUCAUUACUGCAGUGAUGGACAAGUCGAGGAGAAGAAAAGGUGGUCUCGUUGUUCGCUCCUGUCUGGACUUGGCUUUGAGUGAUGUGACAAAUCUCUCCCCCGCAGCCUAUCGGAUGCCUCUGCCAAGCCGAGACUCGACCCCCAACCUCAGCCGCAAGAGACGCUGCACGAGUGUUGUCAGCUACAAGGAGCCAUCACUCAGCUCGAAGCUGCGGCGUGGAGACAAGUUCACAGACACGCGUUUCUUGCGUUCACCCAUCUUCAAGCAGAAAUCUCGGCGCUCCCUUAAAACCCUGGAGAAAUACAACGAGUCGUUUGUGGGCUGUCGCUGAACAUUUUAACCUUCAUACUGUUCCGACUCACACUGCUCCUGCUUUAGGACUUUACAAUCACCUGUCUGCUGUAAAUAUGAAAUUGUGUUUUUAGCUCAUUUUAAUGAAAUACUUUGCAAAAUAAAGUUAGUUUUUUUUUUUUAAUAAAUCAAGGUCAGAAAUA